GCGCACUGCCGAUGCCUUCAUUUGCAUACAAUUUGAUUUUUUUGUUCUGCUUCCAAACAGCAACGGAAACGGUGUGGGACCGUAACACAAAAAAACAGUUAUCAAAGCACAAGAAUUAAAAAUCCGUCUGGGAGGACGGGUUUCGAAUCGAAGUGAGACCGGGGGGGAAAGCGCCGAUAUCAUUCGUCUACAUUUUUGGCGUUUCUUUUUUGUGACCAAUUUUUGGUUGUGUUUAUUUUUUUAAUGCUCUAUUUUUUAGUUGAAAAGGGGAAGGGGUAACGCCUGGUUUAGUAGUUGUGUAUUAUUACAGAGACUCGCAAAACGACAUUUAAUUGUCAUUUAUAUAAUUAGUGACUAACUUGAAUCGUUUUUGUUUUUUUAAAUGCACGUCUUAUUUUCCAUGUGAGCGACCAACGCCUCUUCCGCCCUGAAUGCUUUUUUUUUCUGAAGAGCAAUUGUUUUGUGCCGUGCGUUUGAUUUUUAUAUCGAGUCUCUCGUAUUUUUAAUUAAAAAACAAAAUGGGUUGCACGCUGAGCGUCGAAGACAAGGCGGCGGCGGAGAGGAGCAAGAUGAUUGACAAGAAUUUGAGAGAAGACGGCGAGAAAGCGUCUCGGGAGGUGAAACUUUUGUUGCUGGGUGCUGGAGAGUCUGGGAAAAGUACCAUCGUGAAGCAGAUGAAAAUUAUUCAUGAAGAUGGAUAUUCAGAGGAGGAAUGUAAGCAGUACAAAGUGGUUGUGUACAGCAACACAAUUCAGUCUAUUAUUGCAAUAAUCCGAGCCAUGGGAAGACUACAGAUAGACUUUGGAGACCCGACACGAGCGGACGAUGCCCGGCAGUUGUUUGCGCUGGCAGGGACUGCCGAGGAGGGGAUUAUGAGUGCUGAACUGGCUGGUGUAAUAAAGAGGCUAUGGCAAGAUGAGGGCGUCCAGGCCUGUUUUAACAGAUCCAGAGAAUACCAGCUCAACGACUCUGCAUCUUAUUACCUCAAUGACUUGGACAGAAUUUCCGAAACAAGUUACAUCCCAACACAACAAGAUGUGCUCCGAACCAGGGUGAAAACCACAGGCAUAGUCGAGACUCACUUCACUUUCAAGGACCUGUACUUCAAGAUGUUUGACGUUGGUGGCCAGCGAUCUGAGCGGAAGAAGUGGAUUCAUUGCUUUGAAGGAGUCACGGCCAUCAUAUUCUGCGUAGCACUCAGUGACUAUGACCUUGUUCUUGCAGAGGAUGAAGAAAUGAAUCGCAUGCAUGAGAGCAUGAAGCUGUUUGACAGCAUCUGCAAUAACAAGUGGUUUACAGAUACCUCUAUAAUCCUCUUCCUGAACAAGAAGGACCUUUUUGAGGAAAAGAUCACGAGAAGUUCCCUUACCAUCUGCUACCCCGAAUAUGCAGGUUCCAGCACUUACGAAGAAGCGGCUGCAUACAUUCAGUGCCAGUUUGAAGACCUCAACAGGCGAAAAGAUACGAAGGAAAUCUACACUCAUUUCACCUGCGCCACAGACACGAAAAAUGUGCAGUUUGUGUUUGAUGCCGUGACUGAUGUCAUCAUCAAAAACAACUUGAAAGAAUGUGGACUUUACUGAACGCUUUGAAAGAACUUGCAGGUCGUCCUUUUUUAGAGUGACGCAUGAACACAGGCUGCAGAUCGGUUCCUGUCUCCCCUGAUUGGUUGCAGGUUUGUAGAAAAGGACCAAAUGGAACCACCUGCUGCUGCUGCUAUUGCUGCAUGCAGUCCUUGUAUUCAUCCGCGCCAAAUCUGCAUUCUGAAUUGUUUUUUGUUUUUUUUUUUUAAUUAAAAAAACUCUGUAAUAUUUGAUGCUAUUAAGCAGACAAGAUGAAAUUCUGUAAAUAAAUCUGAAAUUCAGCGGUGAUAUGCUGAUCCAUGCUAAUCCUUUUUUUCUGAAGGCCGAGGGAGUGGGGGGGAGCACAGUGCCACAUUUAAACAGUUUAGCAGUAUGAUUAGCGAAGCGACGGGAAUUUUAAAACCUGGUUAUCGAGUCGCCAUCAUCUUAGACCUAAUGUCCUAAUUUGUCCAUGUUUAGGUUUAAUCUCACUCCCGGGGUAAGCACUUUUUACUAUGCACGCUGACCAUGAUGUGGUUCAAAGUUUUAUUAUGCUGGAACAUGAGGCAUGCUGUUGUCUUGUGCUGUUUCACCAAGUCAUGUUGUAAAUGGACAGAAUGAAUAAGGACAUUUUUAUGUUGCCAAACCUCUUCAGUAAGAAAAUAAGGGGACCUCAAACGUGUACCCAUAAUUUAAGAAAACUGUACACAUUUCUAAUAAAUGUGCAGGAUUAGAGGGCGUUUGUAUUGUAAGGUGUUCAUGCAACGAGGCGUCCUUCAGGCAUUGCUGUAACGAUGUGAUUGUAUUACAGUUUGAUACAGUGUGUAUCUUUUAAAAUCUUGUUUAAUAUGUUGAUUUUUUUUUUCCCCCUGUGAGAUGCUUUCCUCUGGGCCCAAGGGAUCUGCAUGGAAAUGAAGGGGAUUAAAAAAUGAUUGAGUAUUGGCUAACUGUAAUGAAUUAAUCAUUUCAUUUUAACUUGCUUUAACAGAAGUUCUUCACAGGUCAUUGAAACCAGUACUGUUAGUGCAGUCGUUCUGUAUCUGCCAGCAAUGUGAAAACAGUGUACUGUUAAACUUGCACUCCAGUAUAAGGGAUGUAUAUUCGGUCACAUUAAAUGAUUAAUAUAUGCAGUUUGUUUUUUUUGUUUUUUUGACAUGUCCAAGCUUUUCUCAUUCAGAUGUAACAGUGGAGUUUUCAUCCCCUCCCUGCCUCCACCUUUUUUCUUUUCUUUUAUUAGAUAAUUUCCGCACAAACUGAUUCAUAAUGAAAAGUAAUCGGAAAUCCAGAUUGGCUUUUUUUUAUUUUUUAUAAUUUGACAUUUUUGUAACAAGCUCUUUUAUUUUACGUUAUGGUGGCCCUCUAUGCAGCUAGAGCAUGCCUUUACCUUGUGAAAUGUGGUGCCAAAUAACCGAUGCCGUUGUUAACUAACAUUCUCCACUUGAAUUUCUUUUCAUGUACAUUCCUUUGCUGAAUUUGAAUACAUGUAGUAUUCUGUCUAUGACAUUUUGUACAGGCUUAAUGUUAAUCUUGGCAAUAUUAAAUGACAGUGAUGGGCUCUCGUGUGUGUUGGAGUUUAUUUGGUUUACAGAAAUUGGCUAAUAUUAGGCCUAAAUACAUGCUGUGUGUUUUUUUUCUUCUUUUUUAAUUAUUUUUUUUAUCUAAACACUGCAAGUUAUUCCAGGACGUUUCUGUCCCCAUCCCCAGCAGAGACUCACACCAAGCUCUCUUUAAAUAAUCCUUUUUAUAGUUUUACAUGUUUUUGAAUCCUGUUUUCUGGACCAGUUGUACAAUACUUUCCACUCAAGGCACAGAAUUGACUGGCGCACAUAAUGUGUGGCUCUUAGCAGAGAUUAUUGUGCCCUUCGGCUCUGAUGCAAGUGGAUUUGAAAUGUAGCUGUCGAAAGAUGACCCAGCAGUUUCCACUGCUGAAAGGUCUGGAACUUCCUGGAACAAGAUGUUCGCUUAUGGCUUGCUUCUUGUUGCUAAUGAUAAAUGGUUUAGUAGACCCAAGUAACUCUCCAAUUAGCUACAAUAGUAGUUAACCUGGAGUGGAAUGGCCCUCUCCUGGCCUGGGAUUGGUCACCCUGGUGUAGAUCUGUGUAUGGCAGUGAGUUAUUCGUUCAAUAUACUGUAAACUCCGUAGAGGGAUGACGUGUGUUUGAGCAGAAUUUCCUGCACUAUCAUUUCUGUGUCUGUGGUUGCUGCAAAAGCAUUUUUUUUUCUUUUUUGCUUCCUAUCUACCUUUUUUGGAUAGCACUUUCUCUUGACAGUGAAAAGCUUUUAGAUUUGUGUACAAGCUGUGGUCAUGUUCUAUGUACAAGCUGUGGUCAUGUUCUAUGUACAUAUACUCCCGGGACGAUCGGGUGGUUUAUUUUCCUUUGAACGAGGCGUGCUGUGUAGAUUAUGAACAGAUCAGAUUCCUGAGCAGAAUUUUAAAAAUGCACUCCUUACGAUUGAUGAGAUACAUUAACUGAAACUUCACACAUCUAUUCGAAGGGCAAAGCUGAUGAAUAUUGUCUAGAUUUUUUAUUGCUUCAAUUCUGCAGUGGAGCCGAGAGACACCCCCCCCCCCGAAUUCAAUUCACUUGGUUCCCUAGCCAGGUUUCAGCCCAUGUCCUAUUGGUACUAGUGUCUUUUAAAACGAUAAUUCUAAUAAUCAUUGCAAGAUUAUUUUAAAGUGUCACUCCUCCGAAGGUAAUGAUAGAAUGAAUUUGCAUUAUAGGUAAUGCGGUGUAAAGGGAAUCUACAGUGUGACUCACAGCUUUAUAAUCGCCAGUAUCACAGCUCAGUCAUUUCCUGUGUGUGCUGUAUUCACUCAGCAAGGCAGACAUGUGUCCUUUAAACCCUGAAGCGUACGAUCAGUCUCUUCUGUAAAUGCAGCGGAUUCAUGUGACAUAUAUAUUCUGGCUUGCUUCCUUGCAGCAGUUUCAUUAUUUCAUUUAGAAUGAAUUUGUUGGGUUUGUAAUCUGAUUGAGUGGCUGGUUCACAAUGUGUUUGAGGAAUGGCGUCUCAUGUAAAUGGACCAGUGUUUUUAUUUAGUGUGUGUAUGUGUAUAUUUGUUAAACACUACUUAACAUUUUUUAAAUAUCAAAAAGUCUUUAGAGAAUAAAUGAUGUAUCAUUCUCAGAAAAAGAACCCUGUGCUAGGACUAAACUGAGAGAACCCUUGGCACCCACCUCUGAAGCUGGCGACACAGCCUGCCACAAUCUAAACACUGGGCUCAGCUGCUUGCUUGUAAAAUCGCUGCAGUCACAGCGGUUUUCUGUUGAAAUGUGUUUCCGGUUACAGCCCUGACUUGUUCAGGGUGUGCAGUAACAGCUCGGAGAAACAAAGGAAAAAGCAGAAGUAGAUUUCUAUUGAGAGUGUGAAGUGGUACCUGACUUUAGGGGGGUAGUGCUGGUUUCUCCCCUGAGCAGAGUCGCUGCACCCUGCACAGAAUUAACAGUUAUUCACUUGGGAGUGUCCUGUUCCUUAAUCAGAAAGGGCUGCAUUAAAUAACGCAGGGCUUUCGCUCAUUUCACAGCGCACCUUCAUUUCUAUGUAGAAGUUAGUUCUGAAGUAUGUUUCGACAGCUGCUUGGUACAUUUUAUUCUUUGCAGAAUCAGAUGUUCACUGGAAUUCAGUUAACCACAGCAGUGCCUAUUUUUUUUAAUCUUGGCUGUCAUAAUCUUGUGACUGGUUGGUUUUUAGACUGCGGUUGCAGGAAAGGCUAUGGCACCACUGCUUGCUUGGCAGUAACCUGGCCAUCAUUGCACACGUAGCUAUUCACCAGGAAUUGACGUGCUAUUUCAGUGUUUGCUCAACUGUACAUCCAAGGCAACAAGAGAUCAUGUAUUCAACAUUAUAAUAAAAUGCUGCAAAUGUUUUGACAAGCGGUCUUUCAUACACGAAAGACAUUGACAAAGAAGACCUGGUUUUAUCUAAUUUUAUUACAAAACAAUCCUUUACAAAAAAUAAAUAGCAUGUUGUUUUAAAGAAAUAAGACCAAAUUAUGUAUGUCAUGCAUAUCCUUUAUUUUGUGACACUACUGUAGUUUCUUUCAAGCCAAAGCCGUAAAACAAAAGGUACAGACGUACAUUGAGUUGACAAAAUAAUAAAAAAAAAAAAGCUAAAUGCUUUAUCUAACUCUUUGCGUUGUGUGUGUGUGUGUGUGUGUGUGGUUUUU